CCUUCUCCUUCAGACGAGAGAUUCCGAGAUUGCAAGUGACUGAGGGACUGAUUGGGAGAGACGCCUCCCAUCCCGAGCCAGAUCUCCCCGUGCGGCCUGCCUGUCUGGGCUGGCUUCUCCACGCACGCCGGACUGAGUGAUUGGCCGUGUGGACCCUGCUGGGUUUGAGUCCGGGACCCCCCCGCUCAAUCCCCCAUUCCCCGGGCAUAGACCCCCCCUCGCCUCCCCCCCCUGAGUCACCAUGAGUGACGAUAAUGUGGAUAUCGACGUGGAUUCCGAUGAGGAGGGACUGAGCAAAGGGCCAUUCGUGGACAAACGGGCCCAUCACAAUGCCUUGGAGCGGAAACGUCGCGACCACAUCAAGGAAAGCUUUUGCGGUCUCCGCGACGCCAUCCCCACCAUGCACGGCGACAAGUCCUCGCGGGCCCAGAUCCUCAAAAAGGCCUCGGAAUACAUCUCGUUCAUGCGCGAGAAGAACUCGGUCCAUCAGCAAGAGAUCGACAGCCUCAAGAAGAUCAACACCCACAUGGAGGAGCAGAUCCGGGCCCUUGAAAGCGCCAAAACCUCGGGUAUCUACUCCUCACCGGCCGAUGUGCUCGAAGCCGCCGGGCUCAACUUUGAGAUCCCGCCGGAAGUGGCCACCUCCAUGGAGGAGCUGUCGUCUGCGGCGGCCGCCGUGGCCGCCACGGCCGCGCCCGCCACCUCGUCCAAUUAUGAGGGCGGUUCCGGAUCGGACACGUCCGACGGCUCGGGCACGAUCUAUCAUCGGUCCUCGGCUCCCGCCGCCCAGGGCAUUCCGCAGCAAGUUCAAAGAGCCACCGUGGUCACCACCGCCACCCAAGGGGGUGGGAUCCGGUCCAUUCAGCCGGGUCAGUCCCUGCUCAUUGCUCCGGCGGGACACCACGUGGCCAGCAGUAAUGGCGAGCCCGUGUUGAAACGCAUGAGGCCGUGAGGUCGUCGCCACCCAUCAUCCCAGUACAAGCCCGAAGCCACCUUAUCCACAGCCCUGCCUCCCCCCUCCCCCAAGCAGUCCUCUCACUCACCCUUAGCGCUAUCCGUGUCGCCGGAUAACACACGGAGGGCAGGAAGCAAAAGGAAAUUCCCAGUCCCGGUCGGUUGACCUGUUGUAAAUGACCUUUAUCUCUCUCAGUUAUGUUAAUAAAACCUUCCAAACGCCAA